AUGUUCAUUAUCUAUCUAUCUAUCUAUCUAUCUAUCUAUCUAUCUAUCUAUCACAGAUUUUCAUAUAUUGUUCAGAUAUAUCUAUUUAUCUAUCACAGAAUUUUUAUAUCUAUCUAUCUAUCUAUCUAUCUAUCUAUCUAUCUAUCUAUCUAUCUAUCUAUCUAUAUAUAUAUAUAUAUAUAUCUAUCAGAGAAUCUAUCUAUGUAUCUCCAAUUCUUUCUUUCUUUCUUUCUUUCCAUCCAUCUCUUGGUCUAUCUAUCUAUCUAUCUAUCUAUCUAUCUAUCUAUCUAUCUAUCUAUCUAUCUAGUGCAUUAUAUUCGUCCCUCGGAAUCAACCGACCAUACGUCUCAUUCCCACUCUCUACCUUUCUUUUUCCAUCUUUCUUUCUACUUCUCAUUUCUCCCCCUCUUCUGUUCUUUGUUUAAUCUCUUCAUUAUACCCACCUCUCUUCCUAUUCAUCAUCUUUUCUCUCUACCCUUUUUUUUCUUUUUCUUCUUUUCCCUUUCUCCAUACUCCUUUUUCUUUUUCUCUCCGUUGAAAUUAAGCAACAUCGUGCAAUCUCCUUUCUCUUUAUCCUUUUCUCCAUUUUUUUCUCAUUUUCUUUCAUUCCUGCUCAUCUUCUUAUAUCACUUUUUCCUUUUCUAUUCUUUCCUUUUCCUUCUUUCUACUUUCUCUCCUUCUUUUUCUUUUUAUACUACUUCCUUUUCUUUAUUUCUCUCCGUUCUUUUCUUCCCAUUCGACUUCAUUUAUUUCCUCUUCCUAUUCCUCUCUUUCCUUUUUCCUUAUUUUCCUUCCUGCACAUCUGCUUGUAUCUCUUUUUCCUUUUCUCUUCUUUUCUUUUCCUCCUUUCUCCUUUUUCUUUUUCUACUACUCCCUUUCCUUUAUUUCUCUCCGUUCUUUUCUCCCCAUUCAAUUUGCCUUGUGGUAUCUAUUAUAUCUCUAUCUAUCUAUCUAUCUAUCUAUCUAUAUUGGACAUAA